AUGCCGGGCCCGACUGUCUACAGUGGGCCACGGGUGCGGUCAUGGCGUGCGUUGUGGCCCAUGCUCGCAGCCUACCGGCUGCCGCUGCUUAUCUUUGUCUCUGCGACAGCUCUUAUCGGGGGCUACAACGUCUUCUUCUGCCGACUUCUUCGUGCAGUGUGGGAGGCGCAGACGGCUAAUGUGCUCCCCUUCGAGGCCAUGAGCCACCUGCAAGCACAACGAUACGUGCUCGGCUACACCGCUACGGGCACCUUUGCCACGUGCGCUCUUACCCUCGGGAACGCUCUGGCUGUGCUCAUGUACUGCUCCUUUGCACGCGUCAUUUUCACCUGCCCCGGGUACGUGCCAGCAGAGCCGUGGCAAUACACACCUCGCUUCGAUGCUGAGCGACGGCACCAGUUGAAGGUGACAUGGUCGGCGCAACUAAAGUGGAUCCAAGAACAAGGCGUUGCUGCCCGGCAGCGAGCAAUGCAAGCUCUGCAGGAGCAGCAGGCGCUGUGGGCUUACCAGUUGCACAGGUUACAGCAGCCGCCGCCGUACGCGUAUCCCCCACCAGCCUCUGGACUCGUAACAGCUCUCAGGUCCCCAUUCCCGUCUGCAGUGACACCAGGGCAGUUUCCAGCUCCAAACGAUGCCUCGAGGAGCGACAGCCUCUUGAUGGCUGCACCGACGCCUCAGCAGCCCGUCUCCCCGCCGCAGCUAGCAGCAGCGGGGAGUCGUGCAAUCUCGGGCACACCAGCCCUCACGGUUGAUGGGUCGCUCUUCUCAGUGGAUAUGGCAAGCAUCGCGGCGAACCCCGCGAGGGCGGCAGGCGUAUGCUCCGGAUCCGCAGCGCCGCAACGGACGUGCGUGACAUCCGGUAAAGCGGCUUCCUCCGCCGUAUCUCCCGCAGCGACAGAGCCGGCUGUCACAGGCGUAACCACCACCUCCACUACAGCUUCCUCUUCCUACAGCACCUCAUCCUUUUCAGCUUCUGGGUCCACAACACCAGUGGCGAGCACACCGGACCGAGGAUCCACCGGGGCUCUCGGGCCUCACGGUAUCUCGACCAGCUGCGAUGCGGCUCCGCCGGCGUUGUCUGUGCACCGUCGGCUAUGCACGGCCAUUGCGGUUGUCAAAUCCACUGUGAACCCGAACCUGGUGCUCGAGUAUGAGGCGGAUGGGUCGCUGCGGUUCUGUGGGGUGUGCCACCAGUACAAGCCGGACGGCAGCCACCACUGUUGCGUGUGUCAGCGCUGCGUGUUCGACAUGGACCACCACUGCCACUUUCUCCAUAACUGCAUCGGCCGGCACAACUACAAGUACUUCUUCUUGUGCAUCUUCUACUCCACGUUGGGUGGCGCGGUGAACUCGACGCUGUUCGUUACUGUGUACGGGUUCAGCGUCGUGUGCCACGACUGGGGCCAUGGGUGGUGGUGGGUGCCGGCUGGCAUGUACGCUAUCAGCGGGUGCAUUGCGUAUCUGUGGGUGCAGCACAUUUUUCUGCUCAUUCGAGGUGUCAGCACGCUGGAGCGCAUCACCGAACUGUCCUCAGAGAACUUUCUCAUGAGUGUGAGCGAAUCGGGCCACAGUCAGGUCGUCAGGCCCGGAAGCUGCUGCAGCGACUGCGGAAUGGUAAUCGGUGAAUGCGUGCACGGCAUUGCAGCACUCGGGGAACGCCUCGUUGAACUGCUAGGGUGCGGCAACAAGUUCCGCAGGCUAUACAAGACCACCGCCUCGUCUCUCACCAGCAGCGGCAGAGGCGAUGGCGGAGAGGGAGCGCCGUCCGCCCCUUCGAACCGAGCGGAGCGCCGGGCGCACCGCUUUGUGGUGUUGUUCGGACGCCCGCGCUUCUGCCUAUACCAUUUGCUGCCUCUCUCACCUCCAGGCGAGUCGUCGCGACCGCGCGCAAGGUCACACGAAGGAGAGGUAUAG